AUGUUGUCUUCAUCCGGUGUCAAAAAUGAGAUCGACUGGUGGCGUGUGAAACACCGCAGCGAUGCUUCAGUUGAUUUCCUCGCCGAUUUGGUGAUGUCUGGCAAUGGGAAUCCCACAGUCCGAGUCAGAGACGAGCAUGGCCAGCAUCUUCCAACUGCUGGUGCCAAACCAAAACUUAUUCUUGGCGAAAUCAGGAAGGAGUCUCGCCAAUAUGGCAUCGGACGGCCCCCUGUUGAAGUCUUACGUAUGUUCCUAAUUGAUGGUAGUCAGAACACGUGCAAAGCUGUGACCAACAGCAACCUUACAAAGCACCUGCUCAAAGACCGAUUGCUCUAUCCUGGAGCCACCAUCACUCUGGAAGAUUACGGCCUAAUCCGUCUCAGUCCACAGAACGGUGAUCAGUUCAAAGGGAUUAUCCUAAUCAACAAGUUCACCUGGACAGCUGCUCCUACAGGCAAGGUGGUUGACUACAGUUCGGAAGAUUCUGAUGACGAUGAUGCCAUGGAACGCCCCCACCAAAUGAGAAGCUACCCUCUCAGCCGCAUUACUCUUAGCACUUUCCAUCCUCAUGUGAAGUGCAGACUUCAGGACAGUCUUAUUACGUGGACAAGCCAAGUUUGUGAUUAUGACCCAGAGUCAGAUGUUGGUCUGGUUUACAAUGGAUUACUCACACAGGGUCAGCUAAGGCGUGGCAUUCAUGUGGAGUCUGAUGCUGCUCGAGAAGACUGGACAGCCAUGAUGAAACACCGCUAUUAUGGCACUGGUGAUCCGUUCCAUGGUUGGAAAGAAGAUGCGAGUGAGGAUGAGGAAGAGGGUUCAUACCCAUGGAUUGAAGCAUGA